UGCUGUAAGAGAGAGAGAGAGUCUGUGUGUGUGUCUGAGAGAGAGAGAGAUAGAGAGAAAUGGGGAAUCAAAGAGACUUUCCUUUGUGUUGAAAGCUUUUCCAAUAGUAGUCAUUGCUUUGUAAUUCACUGGUCAAUGUCACAAUAACUCCUUAUCACAUCACACUCGUAUUCUCUCUCUCUCUUUUUGUUUUUCAUUUGUUGGGCUUCUCUUGCCUUACUUUUCUAAGUUUUCUUCCUUUCUCACUCUCUCUCUCUCUAUAUCUCUUCCAUUUUUAACUCCUAGGCCUCUUCAUAUUCUUGUUCUUUCUUGGUUGAGCGUUUUAUAUACUCUGCUUUUGUCACUUGGUUCCUGAAGAUUAUGGACGUACAGAAGAUUAAACUCUUGGGAUUUUUACUCUGACUAAAAGGGUCACUUUAUUUUUCUUCAUUUUCUGUGUUUUCAGUCCCAAGCAUUAACCUUUGCUCAACCUCAAAAAUCAAAAUAGAGGUUUUUUAUUACACGAGAGGCCAACCUAUUCUUUAAUAUUAUCACAUUAGAUUUGAUGCCAUCAUAACACUUUGGUAUGUAAUUGGACGAAAAAACGCAUCACAGCUAAGCAUGUCAUUCACUCCCAAUCAUAUGGCAAGGAAAUCACCAAAGAGCCCUGUGCCAGUGGUAUGUGAAAAAAAUCAUUCAGGAUGCAUGUAUAAAUGGGGUUUAUAUAGACUCUUUGAAUUUCGCCAAGGUCAUUCCAAGAGGAAGCUGCUAUCAAAUAGGAGGCAUUUGAGCCGUCAUCAAAUCGGCGAUGUGAAUUUAAGGAGCAAGCUUGACACGCAUACCAAAUUUAAUGAGAAGUGCCAAGCCGUUGAUGAUAGUAAAGACAGCGAAACUCAGACUAUUAAUACUGAUAAGGCAAGUUUAAAGAGACUUAUGGAAGAAGAGAUACCCUCCGAGCAGCAUUCAAAUAAGAAAAUUGCCACUGAUAAAGUGAACCAUUCACAAUCUAAUCCUAAACUUGUUGAUGAAUUAACAAUAAAUCAUGGAAAGGCAAGCAAAAGUUGUCACAGGCAAUGUCAAAUGCCUGUUCAUGGCUGGAAAGAUACAGAGAAUAAUGAGCAUCAUCAACCAUCACAUCAGAAUGUUGUGGAUAGAUCUUUAAACAAGCAUAACCCAUCAGCAUCAAAAAAGGUUUUCUUCAAAGAAGUGCACCCCAGAGAUAGAAGAUCUUGUGGUUGUAAAAAUAUCAAUUGUGUGGAGCAUGACCAGCUAAAGGAGAUUAAUCUCCAGCUAGUGCAGAUGAAUGAGGCAGAGGAAACUGGAAAUCAGAAGUUCACAGAUGGAAAAUGUCUCAGCAGAAAUGGGGUGGGCCACCAGUCUAAACAAUUGUUGGGUGCAUUGGAGAUUUUAAAUUCGAAUAAGGAAUUAUUCAUAGAACUUCUGCAAGACCCAAAUUCCCUGUUAGUAAAACAUAUCCAAGACUUAAGGAAUUCUCAGGCAAAAGGACAGCAGACUAAAUCUUUCUCUGGAGCCAAAUUGUCAGAAUACCAGACAAGUGUUGCAAGACAACAUGAACAGCCUACCUGUCCCAAAAGGUUGGAAUCUUCCGAUCAAUACCUUUCUAAAGGCAAUGGUGAUCCUCAAUCUUCAGACAGAAUAGUAGUCUUAAAGUCUGGCCUAAGAAGCUUGCAAAAUUCUUCAGACAGACUCAGCCCCCCCUACUCUUCUUUGCAAUCUUCUUAUUACUUGAGGGUUAAAGAACAGAGUGAUAGGCCUACACCUUUUUCCUUUGAUCAUAUAAAGAGGAAGUUGAAAGAUGCUAUGGGUGUUAACAGAAAAGAGCAGCACUGGAUGUCAAGCAAUAGUAAAUUAGAAAAAUAUCCCUAUGAUUGCCAGGGCUCAGAUGCUGGUGAUAGGGGGAUAAGUGUAGAGAUAGAUGGAAGUAAUUCACCAAGAACUGACCUUGAUAUUGGCCAUAAGGUGAAAUCUUCUCUGGGCGUCAAGACAACAAACAAGAUAGGAAAGGCUAAAGACUGUGAAUGUAGUGGACAUGAAGCCGCUGCAACCAGUGGAAGUGGUUGUAGAAACUCAAACUUUUCAAUUGUUGGCCAUCCAAUGCAACAUGAAUCUGACAUAUCUGCCAUGGAGUGGGAACAUCUCUCUGGGAUAUUAAACAAUGGAAAUGAGGAUGUGGAUCUUUUAAGAAAGCAGGUGCCAAAAGCCUGUGGGAGGAUGUCAUCUUUCCCUGAGCAUGGUCUUCUGCCUACACUCAAUCCUGGAAGGGACUGGGAACUCAGUUUUGCUACUAGACAUAUGAGCUUUUCCCCCUAUAGCAAUCAUCAAAUGGUCUACAAGAACAAGUACAAGUUUCAAAAAGAAAAGAACAAAAGAUGCUUAAGUUCAUUAAAGCAAAACAUAGAACCUCUAUCAUUUGCUGAUACUGAGAAGCCCAAUGAUCCAUUGCAAAUUUUUGACACAAAGCCAAAUAUCUCAGAGAAUAAUUUUUCUGGCAUGAAAAUUAAAGAUGAUUUGAGCCCUACAGGUGAAACUAAUGCUUUGGAGAUGCCCUUUGAAUCACUAAGCACACACCAGGCUGGCCCAAAUCAAAGCACUGACAGAGCCAAUGAUUGUGAGAAAAUUGGAUCUUUGGAGUCCCCAAGAGAGCAUUCACCUUCUGAGAAUCAACCACCAAAAUUUGUACCAGGAGAAUUUUCUUUGUCUAGUCCUUCAAGCCUGCAGAGAGUGGAAGAUUCUGAAAACCUGAAAGAUCAAGUGGAGCAGCCUAGUCCAGUAUCUGUUCUUGAGCAGAAUUUCAUAGAAAGCAACAUAAGUCAACCUGCUCAGUUGCCCAUUGAAGCACUACUAGUUAAUGCUGAAGACCACUAUUCUGCUACACUAGAUAGUCCCCUUUUGGGCCCCAAAAUCAAUAUAAAUACUGCUAAGGAUGGGCAUGUAUCCUUCUCUGAGUACAUAAGUGCACUGUUUGGAACUUCUGGCUUGAAUUGGGAUGAAUUGUCAAUGAAGUGCCAUUCAUCAGAUCAACUGCUUGAUCGAUCCUUAUUUGACAAAUUGAAGAUGCCAGAUAGUCAAUUUUGUGGUGAUUGGAUGCUCCUAUUUGACUUUAUUAAUGAAGUCCUAGCAGAGAUUUGUCAGUAUAAUUCUGGAUGCUCCCCUUGGGUGUCAUGUAUCAAACCAAUAAUUGGACCAGUUCCAGUAGGUAAAACUAUUAUUCAUGAAGUGAUAAAACGUGUUGAUUGGUAUCUUCUCUCACAAUCACCACUGCAGACAUUGAAUCAGAUUUUUGAGCAAGACCUCACAAGGUCUAGAACAUGGUUGGAUAUCCGAAAUGAAAAUGAAGAUACUGCUAUUGAAACGGCAGAAGGUGUUUUAGAAGAAUUACUAGUGGAAAUUGUAUUUGAAUUGGUUCUUUGAAGCAUCAUAUAUUUGUCCAUAUUACAUCAGUGAGAUUACACAGCUUGGUGAGAGUAUGCUCAAGCUUUGUGUAUACUGUAUAGUUUACACUCAAUCUCCAAAAUCUAUCAAUUAUAGGGUUCUGAUGGGAUUUCAUCAACCGUUUCCUU